CCACGCGCGUCGCACGCGCAUUUUGCGCGGUAGUAAAAUUAGGUUUUGCGAAAAAAAAAUAUGAAGAGAAAUUCCACCUUUAAAUUGUUUAUAUUGGUACUUUUUGUAUCUAUUUUGUUACUUUUAUACACAGCUGUGAAUACAACCAAAAAUGGAUAUGAAAAUGUUAUUAUUAAUAGACUAAAAGAAAUUAGUGGUGUUGUUAGUGAAUACCAUGACGUAUAUAAUGAAAAUUGGACAAAUCAACCUGAAGAUGCUUCAAAAACAUCUUCAGAAUUGGCUCGGACAGAAGAAGAAUCUGACUCAAAAGAUCCUACCAUGAAAUAUAUUCUACAAUGGACUUCACCACAAAAUGUACCAUUUGUAUACAUGGGUGUCGGUCAACAAGGAUUCAUUGAUAGAAAUUGUCAAUUUACUAAUUGCAUUGUGACUUCUGAUAAAACCUACCUUGGUGAUAUAAAGAAAUUUGAUGUUAUUGCAUUCGCAGGCCCUGAAGUUGUGCAUAUGCCUGACAGGAAUUUACCACAGGAGCGUUCUCUUGAACAAAAAUUUGUUUUUACUAAUAUUGAAUCAUCACAUUAUUAUCCAGUUUGCUCCAAUAGAUUCGAUGGAUUCUUUAAUUGGACCUGGACAUUUAGACUUGAUUCAGAGGCUCGAUGGGGUUAUAUUAUAAUUAGAGACGCGAAAAAUAAUAUAAUAGGUCCAAAUAAAAUUAUGCAUUGGAUAAAAUUUGAAGACAUGGACCCCGUGAGUGAAGAAGUUAAGGCAGAACUAAAAACAAAAACCAAAACAGCAGCUUGGUUUGUAUCAAAUUGUUAUUCAAAAAGUCGCCGUGAAAGGUUUGUAAAAGACCUUGUAAUAGAAUUAGAAAAGUACAAUUUAACUAUAGACGUAUAUGGAAAUUGUGGAACACUUUCAUGUCCACGUGACAAUGAACAGUUAUGCGAAGAUAUGAUAAAAGAAACUUAUUAUUUCUAUUUGUCGUUUGAAAACUCCUUCAGUGAAGAUUAUGUAACAGAAAAAUUAUUACAUGGAUUACAAAACAAUGCAAUACCUAUAGUUUAUGGAGGUGCUAAUUACACAAGAUUUAUGCCGGAGGGCAUUUACUUGAACGCGAGAGAACUAGGCGCUGAGAAGUUAGCAGCCAAGAUGAGCGAAUUGAUUAACAACCCCGAUGAAUACGCCGAGUACUUUAGGUGGAAGAAAUAUUAUUCCUAUUAUAGAAGGGCACAGAGCGUGGAGACCGACGAUUACUGUGGUUUCUGUUCACUAUUGAAUAACGAAGAGAUGUUACAAAAAACAUCAGUUGUAGAGAACUUCAGAGAGUGGUGGGAUCCACCAGACUUAUGCUAGUUGAUACAUGUUUAUCUACAUGUAAAUCAUAGUGAUUAAGAAUGUUGUAAAUCUAGUCUCAUUGAACAGUUUUAUGUUCCAAAUAGAUUAUUUAUUUACGUACACUUCUUAU